GAAAUCUUAGUUCUUUUAACUUUGUAAUUGUUCGGCAUUCCAUGCUUUUAUAUUUGUUCCUAGAGUAAAAUCACAGUUACAAUGGACAUAAUAGCAUCGAACCAUGUACAGUCGAUAGAUAAACAACCUAUUUUCAACGAUGUUAUGCAAACUCCAUACAAACUGCCCACGAAUGCAGACAAAGAUUUCUAUUUGAAAACGAAUGCGGAUUCUGACGCGCUGCUGGCAGUGAAGAUGGAUCCGGCUGUGUUGGAGGCGCAGGUCACCGUCACCAGCCAGCCGAGAGACAAACCACCGUCGCCACCACCCGCUGAUAAAGUCUCUAAAGUCGACAACGCCAACCAGAAGAAGGAUAUAAUGGCGAGCAGCAUAUUCGAGGCGGCAGUGAGCAUGCAGCAGGCGGCGCUGUUCAGUCUGACGCCGCAGCAGUUCCAACUGCUGCUGCGAUACGUCGACACCCUGCGACGGCAGCGGCAGACUAUCAUGAAACAGAUGGAAUGCGCCUUCUGUAAGAACAACGGUCACCCCGAAGUGUGGUACACGACCCACGCUCUGCGCGACGCGCGGGGCCGCGUGCGCUGCCCCGUGCUGCGCGCGCACUGCUGUCGACGCUGCGGCGCCACCGGCGAUGCUGCUCAUACGCUGCGAUACUGCCCGUUAAACUUCUGAGCGAAGGUUCCGAGUCAACUAGUAGAAGAUUACAAUAAACCUUUUGUUUUGUUAUUUUAUUUUAUAAAUAAAAAUUACCAACAUA